UUGACUGGGGCCGCCCUUCACUCAGUGACAGUAAUCACCCGGUUGCCUUGUCCACGACUACAGAAGUUACUAGUUAACGCCAGCGUCUGCUUCACUUUAUUCGUGAACCUACAAGGAUGCUUGGGUGGCUGUUUCACCUCGGUUUAGAUGCAUUCAUCAUCAGUGCAUUCCUCGCUGGCAUAAGGCGCUCAACAGGCCUCACACCUGCACUGUCUCAAGUUCCAAACAAGGACAUUCGCCAGCUGCUGCGGUCGUAUCUUGAAGUUGGUGAAUACGCAUUCGACUUCGCAGUCGUCAUAUUCGGGCGUUCCACUUAUUUCGAGAGGAGGCAUUGAAGUCCCCAAGUCCCAUCUGCAUUUCUCCUGCCAAUUCGUGAUAACAGACCGCACUCACUACGUUGUAAUAUUUUACUCUGAAGGACACAGAAUCUGCUUACGGCCUUAAGCUUAACGAGCUGGUUGCAGCA